UGUAAGUCCCUCUGUAGGAUGCUGUACAGGGAGGGGCUCUGCCAGAGUAAAGUUUAGUCCACCUCGCAUACUGUGCUGCAGUGGGCUGGCAGUUCUCUGUGUAACUAGAGCAGUCUGAUUGCAAGGGGGAGAGAGAACAGGAGAGCUGUGUGUUGUAUAUGUGUGCAUGGGACACCAGGCAAGGCUGCAGGAAUGAAGGUGACACUCUACUGCCUCCUCCAACUUUUCUUCCUGUGUAAGGUGGCACUCUGCAUCACCUUCAAAUAUCACCGCUACGAGGACCUGAUGCAAACCCUCUACGAUGUGCACAGUUCCUGUCCCUACAUCACCAGGAUCUACAGCGUUGGACGCAGCCAUCAAGGGAGACACUUGUACGUCAUCGAAUUCAGCGACUACCCAGGGGUCCAUGAGCUUCUGGAGCCAGAGUUUAAGUAUGUAGCCAACAUGCACGGGAACGAGAUUCUGGGAAGAGAGCUUCUCCUACAACUGGCCGAGUUCCUGUGUGAAGAGUAUCGGAACAGGAAUGAGAGGAUUGUCCGGCUCAUUGAGAACACACGGAUACAUAUCAUGCCUUCCAUGAACCCAGAUGGUUAUGAAGUUGCUGCUGACCAGGGACCAUAUUUUAAUGGGUACUUGACGGGGAGAAAUAACUUUAAUAAUGUAGAUCUGAACCGGAAUUUCCCUGAUCUAAACAUGGUCAUGUACUACAAUGAGAAGAAUGGAGGACCAACCGAUCACAUUCCUCUCCCCGACAACUGGAAGGCACAGGUGGAGCCAGAAACACUCGCCAUAAUUAACUGGAUUGAAAGUCACAACUUUGUCCUCUCGGCAAACCUCCAUGGUGGAGCAGUUGUAGCUAAUUACCCAUUUGAUAAAAUUAAAGAUCUUCGGGUCAAAGGUUACCGUGCAUUUGCUAGCUAUGCUGCUACCCCAGACGAUAAACUGUUUAAAGCCCUUGCAAUGUCUUAUUCCUAUGCUCAUGGAUGGAUGCAUAGAGAGUUUAAUUGUGGAGAUUACUUUCAGUAUGGCAUCACUAAUGGAGCGUCUUGGUAUUCCCUAUCAAAAGGUAUGCAGGACUUCAAUUACCUUUACAAAAACUGUUUUGAAAUAACGCUGGAGCUGAGCUGCAACAAGUUCCCCAGUGAGUCGGAGUUGCCGCGGGAGUGGGAUGGCAAUCGCGAGGCUCUGAUCACAUUCAUAGAACAGGUGCACCAAGGCAUUAAAGGUCUGGUGACCGAUGAAAAUAAUAACGGUAUAGCCAAUGCUCUCGUCUUAGUGGGCGGUAUCAACCAUAACAUAUUCUCUGGUGAAGGGGGAGAUUAUUUUCGCCUGUUGUUACCGGGCACGUAUACAGUGACAGUUUCAGCAGACGGAUACCAUUCAAAGACUGCGACGGUUACCGUUGGUCCAAGUGCACCUACAGAGCUCAACUUUCAGCUGAAGAAAGAAAGGUCCUCAAGCUCCAAGGAAAAGAUACCUUCCAGAAAUCUGAACUCCAAGAACCAUAUCAGAAAAGUGGUUCCCCGGGCUGCGGAAAGGAGGAAAGAGAUGAAAUCGUGAAGCGUCACACCAUCAUCACCCCCCCAGACUCGGCACACAACUUCUUGUUCUGUUUUUAUCUUCUACUGUUGACAAUCCAUUCAUAAGCCUCUAACGUAAUUGGACUUUAAGAGCCAGUAGACACAUUUAUAGCAUAUGAAAGAAAAUAUUAAUAUUAUGCAAUGUUAACGUAAGUAUUUUCUUACAUGUCAAGUAUUUAAGUACAAAGAAUUAUUGGAGAAUAGGUUUAAUAUCUUCCAUUUAAUUAUUCGCACCGGCUGCUUUCUGUAUCUAGGACUACGCCUCUUGUUGUUUUACCAAAGUUAAAGGGUUUUCCUACAGCUGCUGUUGUGUCUGUAAACAGAUGAAUUCAUAUAAACCCAAUCAAUGAUGCAUUGGCAUC